UUUCCGAGUCUUGCCUCCUGUAGUUUUUCCGCCUUGACAGUUAGGGUGAAAGCGGCCACCUUGCAGGGCCAAAGAUCGUCUCGUGGUCUCGCUUGGUUGCAGUCAUGUCGGCAGCUGCUUCGGGGGCCAGCAAGGCGGCUCACAGCAACGGAGCUCCAGCGAAAAAGAAGGGACCCGGCGCCUUGGCGACUGCUUAUUUGGUCAUCUACAACGUUGUUAUGACGGCGGGAUGGAUGGUGAUCGCCGUGGGGCUUGUGCGAGCGUACUUAGCCAGAGGAAGCUACCAUGGCCUCUACUACUCCAUCGAGAAGCCCCUCAAGUUCUUUCAGACUGGUGCUGUACUGGAGAUUGUGCACUGUGCUGUCGGGAUCGUGCCAUCCUCCGUCGUCCUGACUGGCUUCCAGGUCAUGUCCCGGGUUUUCCUCACCUGGGCUGUCACGCACAGCGUCAGAGAGGUGCAGAGCGAGGACAGCGUUCUGCUCUUUGUCAGCGCUUGGACUGUCACCGAGAUCAUCCGCUACUCCUUCUACACAUUCAGCUUGCUCAACCACCUGCCCUACCUCAUCAAGUGGGCCCGGUACACCCUCUUCAUCAUACUGUACCCAAUGGGUGUGAGCGGUGAGCUGCUGACCAUCUAUGCAGCACUGCCCCACGUGCAGAAGACGGGGCUGUACUCGGUCACGCUGCCCAAUAAAUACAACUUCUCGUUUGACUACUACACCUUCCUUAUCGUCGUCAUGAUCUCCUACAUUCCAUUGUUCCCUCAGCUCUACUUCCACAUGAUUCGACAGAGGAAGAAGGUUCUGGGCCACACCGAUGCCUAUAGCAAAGUGGAGUGAGAGAAAGAUUAGAACCCUUUCCAUCCAAACAAAGACAGACCUCGCACGCCCCGUUCCAGUUUUUCCAGAACUACAACUGCUGUCCAUUAUUUUCCCUGAUUUUUAUUUAUGAACAAACUGGCUGAGUGAUGUCAUCUAUCUGGUCCGGUGUGCUCAAAGAAGCACUGAAGGAAACCACCGCUUCCUUUUUAAAAAAUACAUACAUAGUGACCGCCCUCCCCCACAAAAAAUGUUUCUUGGUUUUGUGACAAUAAACUUGUUUGAAUCUCUGUCAACAUUGCUUAUAUAUGUUGUUCUUCUGCAUAAUACUGUACAUCUUGAACACUUUUUGUGUUGAUUUGAUUUUUGUGAUGUUAAACUACUGUUUUUGCUUCACUUAAACUGAUGUGAACGUGUUUUUGUCUACUAAAAGAGAUGACUCAUACUGUU